CUCUCCCUUCCUCUCUCUCUCUCUCUCUCUCUCUCUCCCUUCAUCCAUCCCCUCUCGCUACCAUUCUGUCUCUGUCAGCUCCUCGCUCAGCAAUACAAACCUGCUUGGGUUGUAGAGAGGGUGACCAGUCGAGCAGUCCAGUUGCUUCUAAACACAAAACUUCAAGCAGCUCAGUCCCACAGCUCACCUCUCCUCCUGCUCAAAGGAUGCUGGAUCUUGGGCCGAGAAGCAACGCAGGAUGGCUGAGGUGUAUCUGCUUGUCCAGCAUGUGCCUCUUACUCUGCCUGCCAAUGGUAUCCAACACCAAGAGAGCACCUAAGAUACCUCGCUGUCCUGUGACCUGCUCCUGCACCAAAGACAGCGCCUUCUGUGUGGACACCAAGGCCAUCCCAAAGAGCUUCCCCCCAGGAAUCAUCUCUCUGACGAUGGUGAAUGCAGCUUUUACUACAAUUCCAGAGGGAGCUUUCUCACACCUACACCUGCUACAGUUCCUGCUCUUGAACUCGAACACCUUCACUAUGGUUGCUGACGAUGCCUUUGCUGGUCUGUCUCACUUGCAGUACCUGUUUAUUGAGAAUAAUGACAUCCAGGCUCUUUCAAAAAACACCUUCAGAGGACUCAAAUCCCUGACACACCUUUCUCUCUCAAACAACAACCUGCAGCAGCUACCACGAGAUCUAUUCAAACAUCUGGACAUUCUGACGGAUUUAGAUCUGCGAGGGAAUUCUUUUUGCUGUGACUGUAAAAUCAAGUGGCUUGUAGACUGGAUGGAGAAAACCAACACCUCCGUUCCUGCCAUUUAUUGUGCCAGUCCCUUUGAAUUCCAAGGACGAAGAAUCCGCAACCUGGCACCACGAGACUUCAACUGCAUCAGCGCAGAUUUUGCUGUUUAUGAAACAUUCCAGUUUCACUCUGUGUCGGUGGAGUCCUAUGAGUUCAGUGAAGAUCAGUUUGUGGUAUUUGCCCAGCCUGAUUCAGGGUUCUGCACUCUGUACGUGUGGGAUCAUGUGGAGAUGGUCUUCAGGACGUUUCAUAACAUUACAUCUCAAUCUGCUGUUUACUGCAAACCAGUGGUCAUUAACAACACCCUUUACAUGGUUGUAGCUCAACUUUUUGGUGGCUCACAUAUCUACAAGUGGGUAGAGGACCCACAGCGUUUUGUGAAGAUCCAAGACAUUGAUACAUCUCGAGUGAGGAAGCCCAACUUUGUGGAGACCUUCCAGGUAGAUGGGGAAUGGUAUUUCGUGGUUGCAGACAGUUCCAAGGCGGGCUCCACCAGCAUUUAUCGGUGGAACAGCAAUGGUUUCUACUCUCAUCAGUCUCUCCAUCCCUGGCAUCGAGACACCCACGUGGACUUCCUUGAAGCUGGAGGAAAGGCACACCUCAUUCUCUCCAGUGCCUCUCAACCACCAAUGGUUUACCAGUGGAACCGAAGCCAGAAGCAGUUUGCUUUUCAUUUCCAAAUCACCGAGUUAGCAGAUGUGCAGAUGGUCAAGCACUUCUGGGUGCGGAAGGUUCUUUACCUUUGCCUCACACGCUUCAUUGGUGACUCCAAGAUCCUCCGCUGGGAAGGGCAGCGUUUUGUUGAGAUCCAGACUCUUCCCUCACGGGGCUCCAUGGUAGUUUAUCCCUUCAUGGUAGGCCUGCGACAGUAUCUAAUCUUUGGGAGUGACUUCUCCUUCUCCAGAGUCUACUUAUGGGACAGCCUCACUCAACGCUUCCAGUUGUUCCAGGAGCUCAAUAUGAGGGCCCCUCGUGCCUUCAACUUGGUGUCUGUCGACAACAAGGACAUUUUGUUGGCUGCCAACUUCAAAGGCAACACCCUGGCCUACCAGCACCUGGUGGUAGACCUCAGUGCCAAGUAACACAGUCAGUAGUGAAGGUGGUGUUUCUGACUGUACAGUCAGGUAUGUAAGUAUUUGGACAGUGACACAGUGUUUUCACUUUUGCCUCAGUACACCACCACAAGGGGUUUGAUUUGAAACAAUCAAAGUGUGAUUCAAGUGUAGACUUUUAGCUUUAAUUUGAAGAGUUUAACACCAAUAUCAGAUCGACCAUUAAGGAGUUAAAAUACUUUCAUACACAGUC